AUGGCCCGGGAUGGUCGCUUCACGCUCGCAUGCUCGGCACGCGUAUGCAGGGCAUUCCUAGAGCCCGCGUUGGACGCAUUAUGGCGGGACUUGGGUGAUUUGCUCGUGUUGCUGCGAGUCCUCCCUUCCUUCCAGCCGUACACCUCCCAUUCCUUCAAUUUCCUUGACGAGAUCACGCCUUCCCAAUGGCUGCGCUUCCAAUCCUACGCAAGGCGUGUACGAGCACUUCAGAAGGGCGCCUUGGGCUCAUCGGUGGAAACAGUCGACAAGAUGGUCUGGGCGACUCUCGGAAGUCGUCUUAACGGCCAGCCCCUACUGCCCAACCUCCGAACGUUCGUGUCGGACUUCGCCGAGGACUAUCUGGCCCCUCUGGUGCUGCUCUCCCCCUCUCUGCUAGAUCUCGAGCUUUGGUUCCCGUGCGCGGACGCGGUCGACGACGAUCCCGUUUUCGCUUCUUCCCUGCCACUUGCCAGAGGUGUGCUCGUGCAGUCCCUGACACCUCAUCUUCGGAAGCUGUCUCGAUUUCUAAUAUACGACGGAUUGGAAGGCACGCCUGCCCGUUUCCUCUCUGCUUUCUUGACUCCGCUGGAUAGGCUUCAGGCACUCGAUCUCGUGGCUUCCAAGGCAAUCGCAGACUUGGCAACUCUACAGGCCAUCUCCGAGAUGACAGCCCUUCGUGAGCUCGGAAUAAGGCUCUCUCUUGCCGGUACCAAUCCGACAAUGCUUCCACAACUCGGUGGCGCAUAUAGCGCACUGCAUCGGCUUCAUCUCAGAGGCAAAAUUCACGAUAUGUGCACACUGUUCCAGGCGUGCGACUGCGCUCAGCUCGACGAUCUAGCUCUCACCGUCCACACUCUAGAGGGCCUGCAAGAAGGCCUUGCCUCAAUAUGCGACCGUCUUCCGAAGUCACUGCGCCACGCGAGGGUCACCAUUCUCGGCCGUGACCCUCCGCCCGAGCCGUCUACUCCCGCUAUACACGUCCUGCGGCCGUUCUUCGUAUUUCGCGACCUACGCACUGUCAGCAUGUCGACCAACCAUUACGACCCAGGCAUGGACGACGGCUUCGCGCGCGAGUCCGCGUCCGCGUGGCCGCAGCUCACGCACUUCGAGCUGGGCUACCUCGAUUCGUGCAGCACUCUGGACCCCGCCAUGGACCAGUUGAGUGUCGCCGGGCUCGUCGAGUUUGUGCAGCGGUGUCCGAAGCUCGCAAUCUUCCAAGUGCCCUUCCUCGACGUCCGGGGGCCGCUUCUGUCUCUCCACUCGCUCCCCCCAGAGGGACUGAAGAACCUGCAUAGCCUCAGCUUCUUCAAGCUGAUCGGAGGCCGGGAGGCGAACUUGCUCGCGCUCGCGGUCGUCCUCGACAUACUCUUUCCGUCCGCUGGGCGGCUGCACUCUGUGACGGUGGAGAAGGAUAUCAAGGGCAUUGCAGUUCUCGUAGGGAACGAGAAUUACCAGGCCGCAUGCGUCACGAUGAUGCUGCUGGGGGCGAUGUGGGCACGUCGGCAGGGCGAGGAGAAGCGGCUCGUGUGCUAA